AUGACGUCGCAUCAGGAGACUUUGAAAGAAGCUUCUGAUUCUGACAUUAGGUAUAGUUUCAUAAAUACAUUAGACCAUUUUCCAAGUGAUAUAAUAAGAACGUUAUGGCUGAUUCAGUCUCUUGAUAUUAAAUUACAAAAAGAGAAAACAACGAAUCAAUUAAGAUUGACUAUAGUGGAGCAAUCAGAAUUUCUAAACAGUCUAAUAGACGAACAAAUAUCGAAACUUGAUGAACAGAAAAGAAAAUUGAAGUAUCAACAGAUAAUAAAAAAAAGGUAUUUCAAGCUUUAUAAGGAUUAUAAACCAAAGAGGUUAAAGAUUAAGAUUAAUUUAAGAGAGAAGAAAUUUCAAGAACUACAAAAGAGGAAAGAGGAUGAAAUCAGAAGGAAACAGGAAAUGAUUGAUUCCAACGUGGAACGAUAUUGUUUUUGUAAUGAUGUUUCAUAUGGUGAUAUGAUUGCUUGUGAUAACACGAAUUGUAAAAUUGAAUGGUUUCAUUACGGUUGUGUAGGUCUAAAGAAUGAACCCACGGGGAAAUGGUAUUGUAGUGAUACUUGCAAAUUGGAGGCGACCAAGAAAAAGAGUAAGAAAAAGGGAAAAUAG